AUGUCCCUCUCCUCGGCAGAAAAGAAACGCCUACGGGACCGCCGCGCCCAACAAACCCUGCGCACCAAGAAGCAACAAUACACCGCGCAGCUGGAAGACAAAGUGGCGCAUUGCGAGCGCUACCACGACGACAGCGGCACGCAGCAUCUCCUACAAGUAAUAGAGGGCCUGCAACGAGAGAACCAAUUACUCCGAAACCGCCAAGAGGGUCUAAAGACAUUGAUUACAUCGUGGGAAGAUCCAUCGUCAUCCCCACCACAUCUACUGCAAGCACAACCACCGACACAACUUCCACUACCGCCUAUCCAGUCCCACACCACAACACCAAAACCAUCAUCAUCAUCACCCCCACAACCCAACAAAGAGGACCAACACCAACAACCCAUAUCACCUCUCUACUCCCUCCUCCCCCUGCACUCCGAUCUCCCCACCACCCCCUCCCUCGUCUGGCUCACCCUCCCCCCAUCCACUAUCACCUCCUGCCCUCCCUCCCCACACCCCCUGGACCUCCUCUACGGCACCAACACCAACCCCCUCGCCAACGUCAUCUACACCAGCUCGCUUCGUCGUCCCUUGCGCGACCCCGAACGUCUCGCCUUCGGCUGGCUCGGCUACCACUACAGCAAAUGGAUCUUCAACCCCACCCCAGAGACAUUCGCCAAGCUGCCAACCUUCAUGCACCCCGUCGAGGAGCAGCUGCGUAUUCCGCACCCCGCGUCGCUGGAUAUGCUUAUUUGGCCUGAGAUCCGGGUGACGCUGAUCCGCGAGUGGGAGGUGUAUUCGCGGCAGAGGGACGACUUGUUUGGGUUUCUGGCGUGUUGUCUGAAGGUGCGGUGGCCGUGGGGAGAGUCAAUCUUAGAAAGGGAUGAGCGGAAUGAGUUGGUUAUAAAGAAACGGUUCCGCGAGAUGAUCAUGUGUAAGGAGGGAUGGGGGAUAACGAGGGAGUUUGUGGGUGUUUGGCCGGAUGUUGUGAGGGGGGUGGAUGUGGGGGAGGUGUUGAUGGAGAUUGGAUAA